AUGGCGAGGCCGAGAGCUACCACCAACGCAGCCUCCUCCAAGCCGAAGUCGAAGCCGAAGGCCAAGCCCAGCUGCCCAGGUCCAGGGCCAAGCUUAAGCUUCCGCCUCUCGCCCUCGUCUCCGCCGGCGAAACCCGGGACCAGGAAUUCUACGCCCCUCGUCUCCCCCGCUGCCACGUCCACCAUCGGAGACCUGAGGAGCCUCGCCGCGUCCCACCUCGACUCCCUGAAGCGCCGCCUCGACGCGCUCCACGGCGACUGCGUCCGCGACCUCGAGGCCUCCCACUCCCGCAUUUCCAAGCGCGUCAAGAUGCAGUCCCAUGGCUGCCUGCAGCUGGCGGAGGAAGUGGAGAAGGAGCAGAAGAAGAUGGCCGACAAGAUCGCCGAGCAUGCCGAGUUGGUGAAGACCUCGUACAAGAAGUUCGUGGCUGAGGUGCAGGCAUCCACAUCUCGUGGUACUUUGCAGACGGAAACAACAUAUUAUCUGAAUUUCAGUUCAGUUCCAUGUGUUUCUCUUCAACAAACAUGUUUUGUUCUAACUUUGGUGGUGGCGACCAGUGUGCAAGUAGUCAAUCCCUACCUGGCUGAUGCUUGUUUGUUUAUUCUUGAUCAGGUGCCGUUAUCCACAUCAAUUGAGGAUCAGAACAUCUCAGAUUUGAAUCAUGUUUGUUCUAGUAGUACAUUAGCUAUCGCCUGA